AUGAACAGAACACUUAAAGCGAAGUGUGACGAAGAAUUACGCAAGAAAUCUUUAGCGGAUAAGAGGCAAGUCAGAACGAAAGCAUUCUUUAUUAUAAUAACGGAAUUUAUGCAGAAAGCGAAACUUGCACUCUUACUGCCAAUAAUUGUUGAAAAUUAUCAAAAGUUGAAAACAUGUUUAUCGGGCACUAAAUAUGAAUUUGUCUCAGACUUAAUUGAAGACUUCCACGCAAACAAAGAUAAGGGAGAAUAUGACAUACCCAAAUAUAUAAAUCGAGAUUCGGACAAAAUUAUUGAGACAAUUCUGAUAAAUCAUGAGAUGCUUAAGUAUUUACCUAAAAGAUGGUUUGAUAAUCUAAGCCCGGGCGAAUUAAAAUUACUCAAAUGUUUAGAGCUUACACUCCAAAUAGCCCGAAUUCGUUUUUGCCGAGGACCUUUUCAAGAGCUGGAAAUUCAACAAAAAGCAAAUGAAUUUUAUGACAAAAGUGAAGAUAUGAUAGCCGAAACUAAAUAUCUCGAACAAAAAUUAGAAGGCCGGAAAGUGUCAACAUUUUGGAAGAAGAUCGCUCGAGAAGUUGUAGUGCAUCGCUUAGGAAAACGACUACAAACUCAAGCGUUUAUCUUGGCGACCAAUUUUCAAACGGAAACGUAUUCUAUUACAAGAAAUAUAAAGAAAACACGACAACUUUACGCCUUAAAGGAAAAAGAGUUGGAAGAUCAAAACCAAGUCGCGAAAAACUCUUACGAGACAACAUUGCGUCAGAAUUUGCAGGCAGAGAAGAUCGCCGCAGCUGAACGAAGCAAGCUUACCAUAAGUCUAGAAAGUUUGAUCGAAAAAUAUGAUAAUAUGAUGCUUGAGAAGGUGUCUGAAGCAAUUUCGCUGUCGGAAACGUAUAAAACAAUGAAGAAACGCACGAAAAACCUUGCAGAUGAAUGUAAACGUGUAAAGAAUUUACAUUAUGAACUGGUUAUUAAGAAAGACAUGAAUUAUUAUGGCGCCCGGGUUGAUGUAUUUAAAUUUGCACGAGCCGUGGCAGUCAUACGACGUUGGUUUAGAAAUGUAGCAAGAAAAAAGAGGUCAUUGACCAAAAUUGCAUCGCAAAAGUCUGUAAUUGAGAAAGGCAAGGCUAAACGCAUGAAGACUAAACGGGUUGGUCGAGGCCGGAAAUCCUAA